AUGGUCGACCCCAUUGCCAGCGAGGCCUCAUCCGCCUACGACGCUCACCACAAACAGUUCACCUCCGAAGGCCUCCCCAAAAACGCCGCCGGCUGGCUCUCGCGCGCCCAAAAGGUCUCCGAAAUCGUCGCCACCACCGCAGCCCAACGCGACCUGGACAACACCUCUCCCACCGCUGAAGUCCUCCUCCUUAAGUCCUCCGGCCUGACAAAGAUCCUCGGACCCGUCCAGUACGGCGGAGGCGGCCAGGAAUGGGAUGUCGCUUACAAGGUCAUUAGGGAGGUCGCGAAGGGUGAUGGAUCCAUUGGAAUGCUCUUGGGUUACCAUCUUUUGUGGAGCACUACUGCGAACGUUGUUGGGACCGAAGAGCAGAAGGAGAGGAUUCAGAAGAAUAUUAUUGAGAACAACUGGUUCAUUGGAGGUGCCGUCAACCCCCGCGACGCUGAUCUAGUUAUCACCCCCGAAGGUGACGAACUCGUCUUCAACGGCUUCAAGCACUUCAACACCGGCGGCGUCGUCUCCGACGUGACAUGGCUCGAAGGCGCUAUCGACGGCCACAAGGAACACAUCUUUGCCCUCGUCCCAUCCAGCCAGCUUACGUUUGCUUACAACUGGGACAGCGUCGGUCUGCGAGGUUCCGAAUCCGGCUCUGUGAGAAUACAGAAUGUUCGUGUGGCCUGGGCUGACGCGUUGGGAUGGGAUGCUAAAACUCAGAAGCCUAUUGAGGCUGUUUUGGGGAUUCCGUAUGCUUCUCUGUUGCUUCCAACCAUUCAAAAUGUCUUCAACAACUUCUACGUCGGCAUCGCCCUCGGCGCCCUCGACUGGGCCCGCGCUUACACCCUCAAAUUCACCCGCCCGUGGCCCUACACCGACGACCCCAAAUCCAAAGCCCAAGACGAAUUCCACAUCCUCCAAAAAUUCGGCUCCUUCCACGCCCACCUCGCCGCCGCCUCCGCCCUCGCCGACGUCGCAAGCACUGAGAUCGCCGACCUCUACCGCGCCCACUCCCAAAACCGCGACGUCGACGCCCGGAAGCGUGGCGAGGUCGCGGAGACCAUCGCGAGCCUCAAGAUCGUUGCGACGGAUACCAGUUUGAGGGUCACCAGCGGCAUCUUUGAGAUUGUUGGCGCGAGGGCGACGGGGAGGAAGGCGAAUGCGGAUAGGUUCUGGAGGGAUAUCAGGACUCAUACCCUGCAUGACCCCGUGGCGUACAAGGAGAGGGAGGUGGGACGUUAUGCUUUGCUCGGCGAGAUUCCGGAGCCUACCUGGUACACGUAA